AGAGCAGAAAGGGUUGGUUUGAUCUGCCCUUUUUGCAUUGCUUUUGGGCUUUUCUUUUUUAGCUCUCUCUUCUCUCCAUGACCGGGCCAUAGGAAAUGAGCUUAGAUCCAGUUUCCCAUCUGAAGCGAAUUCUUUUUAUAUCCUUUUUCCCAUGACCUGAGCAAACAAGGGUUUUGCAAAAGGGGCAGUUUUGCUGCUCUUUCUUGCACAUGCAAAAAUAAACUUGUUUUCUUAUUAAGAAAACAACCCCAAACACCUCCCACCAUGCACAAAGACCCCAGGAUAACCCCCCCACACACACACACUUGCAGUUUUUAAGUCAGCAGGAGAAUUUCCAGCUGCUCACAGGUUUUCUUUAUGUAGAAAUAGAUGUAUUUAUAGCAAGUCUUAUAUAGCAAGUCUCAAGGUCUGUGCAAGGCUAUAGGGCUCUUUGCAAGCUGUUGGGGGCUUCUACAAAGCACCUUCUCCCAGCAAUACCUCUAUAAGGGGAGGAAAGACUGGGGGAAUCUCUGCUAAGAGGUGAUUGUUCUGAGGAACGGGAUUUUACAACAGGCAGAAGCUGCUCUGUGCUAUCAGGUGGGAGAUCAGAGCUGGUGAACCAUCAUGGGACGUGUGUGCAAAUAUAAAUAUUCACUUGCUGAUGUCUGGAGGCUUGUGGUUUCGCUGCUAUAGUCAGUCUGGUCAGAGGAGUUCUCUGGUUUUUAACAAUCAGAUUAGGAACUGCUCCGCAUAAGCAUCCUCACUGCUGACAGAUCUCUCCCUGUCCUAAUUUUCGGGGGCAGGGAGCAGAUAGCAGCACAGAGCAUGCAAACAGCCCCAGCAGCUGCUCUGUGUGGGCUCUCAUGCACAGAGCUUUGCAGCCCUGCAGGCACGUGCAUAAUAUCAAGGAGUAGGAGGGAGACGUGAGGGACCCCAUGGCAUCUGCUCAAAGUGACAUUUUGUGAUGAGGAGGUGCAAACACAUGCCUGUCCAUGCAGAGGCGAUGCCUGGUUUUAUCACUUCUCAAAGCAUUUUUUGCUGGGAUGCAGUGCCUGCUGCAAUGCAUGGGAUGCUCCUGAGCACAAAGCCUCAUGCAGACAGGAGCGGGACUUGAUAACUGGUUCGAUGCCUUCCCCUGUUGCCAGUAAUUAGUCUGACAAGGCUCUCAAAGUUUGCUGUCUGCAAUUACACAUGCAGAGUAAUAAAUGAGGUGUAAUUAUCGGCUUAGGGAGAUUAUCAAACUUUCCUUGACUGAGUGGCAGUGCAGGAAGGGUGAGAGGGGAAAAGAUGCCCUGUGGGAUCUGGGAUGGUUGUGGGGGGUCCUGUCCUGCCCUGUAGUGGAUGAAAGGAUCCAACUUGAGGGGAACAAAGUGAGGUCACCCCAAAACCAAGAGGCAGUUGGGUCUGAUGAAGAGGCACAGGGGGUUGUCAGUCAUUUUACCAUAAGCCUUAAUGGCAGCCCCUUGGGACAGGUUAUUAGUAGGGAGAAACACUCAGCCCUGAAUGGGUCAGAUGGCUUAAAAGUGAGAUUCUUAUGCAUGGACAUGUGGUGCCCAAGCCUUGGGAGCCAGAAACCUCCAUCCUCUGCCUGCCUGCAGAUUACAGAAUGUACAGCAUGGCCCCGAGGGGCUGUAGGUGUGUUCCCUGUCCAGCAUAGGGCUCAAACCAGCUGAGCAGGAUGCAGUGCCAAAAUCACAGCAGGCGGCAAGCUCAGCACUGUGCCCAGUCUAAACCAGUGCGACCACUGGGAAAUACAACUUCAAGCUUUAGAUAGAUAUCUUUAAAAUAAUAAUAAUAAUAAAAAUAGAUAUGGCCUUGUCCCUCAUUGAGGAUCUUGUGGUGAAUCUGCUUGACAGCAACUUGAUGGGCCUUAGGGAUACAGAAGUCCUUAAAACUUUCUUACAGUAGAAUCUGUGAGCCAGCACAGCUCCAGUAUGCAAAUAGCACUCUUUGUAAAUCUAUGAACAUCACGAGUUUGUCUCAUGCCAGGUUCAGGACAUGUGAUUUUACCCCAGAUCCCAAGCCAAAUUUUGGAGAAGCUAAAAACACAACUAGUGUUCCCUUCUCAAGCAUCCAGGCCACCUGGUCAGGCUCUGCUGAUUGUAUUAAUGCUGUGCCAGCAUGCAGUCCUCUCCAUCCAUUUGACAUGCCUGCAUCCCAGCCCAAGCUCCCUCCUGGAGGAGCACCAAGACCCACCUCACCUGGUUUUCCUCUUGGCUGGCUAGUGAAGUCCCCUGGCAUUGCCCGGAGAGAGAUGGCUGUCUCCAGGUAAAGCCAUUUCUUCUGGCAACCAGUACAUGGGAUCUUCCAAAAAAAAAACCCCAAAAGAACCCAGAACCCAACACCACCAACAACAAAGCAACAACAACAACAAAACCCACAAACCAACCAAAAAAUAAAAUAAAAUUCCUCAAAUGCCUCAUGCAAGCAGAACACCCAAGAAUUUGUAAUUUCCACUGGAAGCCACAUGCCUUGUUUUGCUUUCUUUUUUCCUUUGCCUCCCUGCUUACCAAAUAACCAGUUCUCCCUGCACCCACUGCUACCCAGCAGUUGUUAGGAAGGGAAGGACCAGCCUGAGCAAACAUUUCCUUUUGCUGCAGCCGUACACAGGCAUUGCCCUAAUGGGGUAGCUGGGGCUGUGAGUCACCACAUGGAAAAUUUGGGAUGUUUUAAAGAAAAUGCAUCAUUCUAAUGAUACCAUUAUUAUAAUAACGCUAAACAACCAUCUUGCAUAACAAGAGGGGUAGAAAUGCUUAAUGCAUAAUGCUUUGGAGUCCUUAUAUGGAACCAUAAGGGAGGUGAGAACAAAAAGGGGAGAGUGAGCCCUGAAAGCUGAGUGCCGUGCAUCCCCCACCCUGUCCUGCCCUGUACCCCCUUCCCAGCCCCGCAAUUACCACCCGGCCCCAGGGGCUGUCUUAUCGCCAGCAUCACAGAGCAGGGCGGCAGCUUUGCGGAUGGUGGAGGUGGGGACGGCAGGGUCCCCAGUCCACCACAUCGUCAUCGAGGGAUGGGAGGAAGGAGGAGUUACAUUCCCCAGCCUUUUAAUCCUGUCGUGCUGGUUCACCUACAAAGCUGGGCAACCAGGCAGCAGCCUCCUUCACAUGCAGCCGCCGUCCCCAGUACAACAUGUCCCAGCGCCAGGUCGUGCAGAUGUCUACCAGUCAUGCCAGCUACGGGGUCUGCGUACUGGGCACCGAGGUCUUCCUUGACACCCACCGAUCUACCCCUAAAGGUGCCACAUCAUUUGAUGUUCAUGCCACGUCUGCUGUCACAGUCCACAUCAUCCACAGCCCCGUGACAAAACCCAUGCUUAACUCCAGAUGGCCACUGGAUCCCGAUAUAGAGAUUGUAGUGACCAUUGGUGUCACCAGCAAGACUGUCAAUGACAAUAAGGUUAAGAUUUCAUACUAUGGACGGGAAGAGAAUGAGAUUGCAGUGGCUUGGUUGUACCUCACCUGUGUAGAUAUAUCCCUGGACGUGGACGUGAGCCGCAAUGGCAGAGUGAGGAGCAAAGGGAAGGACAAGGCCAAGUGGACAUGGGGACCAGAUGGGCAAGGAGCUGUGCUGUUGGUCAACUGCGACAAGGACAGCCCCGGCACAGUGGGGACAGACUGCAGCCAGGUGGACAUAUGUACCCCUGCAGACCUGCAGGACAUGUCUGUGAUGCUGCUGCGGAUUCAAGGUCCCAGCAGUGUCUUUGCUAACUACCAGCUUGUCCUGCAUGUCUCCGAGUCAGAUGCAGACAAAGUGCGGGUUUUCCAUGCAGUCCGCAGUGACUCACACCCCCAGUACAAACCCGUUUUGGGACCGGGCAUGCUCUCCUACACGCUAGAUUGUGUUGGAAGUGGAGAAAACACCUUCUACGUGGAAGGGUUGGCUUUCCCUGAUGCAGGUUUCUCUGGGUUGGUUUCUAUCAGUGUCAGCUUGCUGGAGGUGCACCAUAAGUAUUCUCCUGGUACCCCCAUUUUCACGGAUACAGUGGUUUUCCGCAUGGCGCCCUGGAUAAUGACACCCAACACCCAGCAGCCCCUGGAGGUGUUUGUCUGCAGCAUCAAGAGGGGAAUCAACUCCAAUGAAGUCUUUCUGGAGGAGCUCCAGGCCUUGCUGAGGAAAGCCAACUGCAAGAUGACCAUCUGCUCUGAGAUUGAAAGUCGCAGUGAUCGCUGGAUCCAGGAUGAGCUGGAGUUUGGCUAUGUGGAAGCACCACACAAGUCCUUCCCUGUGGUCUUCGACUCGCCCAGGAACAGAGGCUUGAAAGACUUUGCUUUUAAGAAGAUCCUGGGCCCUGAUUUUGGCUAUGUGACCCGUGUACCUCUUGGAUGUGAUGCCUGCAGUCUUGACUCCUUUGGCAACCUGGAUGUGAGCCCUCCAGUGACAGUGCGAGGCAAGGAGUAUCCUCUGGGACGCAUCCUCAUUGGCAGCCCCCUGCCCUGGGCCUCUGGUCGUCGGAUGUCAAAAGUGGUCAGGGAUUUCCUUUACGCCCAGAAGGUGCAGGCGCCAGUGGAGGUCUAUUCAGAGUGGCUGAGCGUGGGCCAUGUGGAUGAGUUCCUCACCUUCGUCCCUGCAUAUGACAGAAAGGGAUUCCGGCUGCUCUUGGCCAGCCCCACUGCCUGCUUCAAGCUCUUCCAGGAGAAGCAGAGGCAGGGAUACGGCGAGGCCACACAGCUUGUGGGGAUGGUGGGCAGCGAGCGGAGGAGCAUUGAUGACAUCUUGGCAGACGAAGGGCUGAGGAAUGACAACAAACAUGUGCAGCGCUGCAUUGAUUGGAACCGCGACCUGCUCAAGCGAGAGCUGGGGCUGAGUGAACAGGACAUCAUUGACAUCCCCCAGCUCUUCAUCCUGAGGGGUUCCCGUGCAGAAGCCCUCUUUCCAGACAUGGUGAACAUGCUGGUGCUGGGCAGACACCUGGGCAUUCCCAAGCCCUUUGGGCCGCUGGUGGCCGGGCAGUGCUGCCUGGAGGAGCGGGUGAGGGCACUGCUGCAGCCCCUGGGGCUCUCCUGCACCUUCAUCAAUGACUUCUUUUCCUACCAUGUCCUUUCUGGAGAUGUGCACUGUGGCACCAAUGUCCGCCGUAAGCCCUUGGCCGUCAAAUGGUGGCAUGUGGUGCCCUGAGCUGCCCAGGAAGGGUCUCUGGUCCCUCCCAAUGGGGGAUUUGGAGCAUCUCAUAAUAAAGUGUUUUGUCAAUAUGA